AUGAGAAUUGUAUUACUUUUUAUAUUAUUAUUAGUUACUGUAUUUUCAACUGUCGAAUCUCGUCGGUUAAAAUAUCGCAAAGGUCUCGCAGCGGCUCCAAAACUGGACAAAGAAGCUCAUGUUGUUCUAAUAGCCGGCUCAAAUGGUUGGUAUAAUUAUAGACAUCAAGCAGAUGUUGCACAUUCGUAUCAAACUUUAAGAAAUCAUGGAAUUCCUGCUGAAAAUAUUAUCACUCUUAUGUAUGAUGAUGUGGCAAAUAAUAAAAUGUAAGUUCCGAGUUUUCUCGAAAACUACAGUACCUUUGAGAGCUAGAAAUUUUAUGACAGAAAACUAAUGUUUUUUGUAACUGACAUGGGAAAUUUCAGGAAUCCAUACAAAGGCAAAUUGUUCAACAAACCACAUGGAAAAGAUGUCUACAAGGGACUGAAAAUUGAUUAUAGUGGAUCUGAUGUCACAACUCGAAACUUCAUAAACGUUCUUCAAGGAAAUGCCUCAGGAGUUAUUGGAGGAAAUGGCCGAGUUCUCAACACGUAAGUUUAUUUUCUCAAGAAACCUACAAAAUAACUUCAACUCUAUUUUUUUCAGAAACCAAGAUGAUCGAGUAUUUGUAUAUUUCACAGACCAUGGAGCUGUAGGAUUGAUCUCGUUCCCAGAUGAGAUUUUGACUGCCAAACAACUCAAUGAUGCUUUAGUCUCAAUGCAUAAGAAUGGAAAGUUUGGACAACUUGUUUUUUAUUUGGAAGCUUGCGAAUCUGGAAGCAUGUUUGAUAGUGUUCUUCGUGAUGAUCUUAAUAGUACGUUUAUAUUCAAUUAGAACUCACACUAACAUCUAUUUUCAGUCUACGCCAUCACUGCUGCAAAUGGAAAAGAGAGUAGUUGGGGAACAUACUGUGAAAAUGAUAUGAAUCUUCCAUGUCUCGGUGAUCUUUUCAGUGUUAAUUGGAUUACUGACAGUGAUGGAGAGGAUCUCAAUACUGAAACCCUUCAAUAUCAAUAUGAACUAGUGAAAACCGAAACUAACCUUUCUCAUGUCAUGCAAUUUGGUGAUUUAUCAAUUGCUAAGGAAUCAGUAGGACUUUUCCAAGGCGACAAAGAAGAUCGCGAAUAUACAUCGAUGGAUUCGGAUGAGAUAUCAGCUGUUGAAUCAGUGAAUUGGCCAUCAAGAGAUGUUGAAUUGAAUCAUUUGAAAUCACAAUUGCUUCGAACUAACAGUGAACAUCAAAUGGGAGUAAUUGAGAAAAAAAUUAAGAAGAUAAGAUCAACCCGAAAAAUUAUCAAGAAAAGCAUUCAUUGGCUAGUUGAGAAACUUGUUGAAGACGAAGAUAUUCAAUUGGAAAAUCUUUCAAUUCAUCGGCCAGUUUUAGAUUUAGACUGUCAUCAUAGAAUUAUGCAUACUUUCGACAACAAUUGCAUUGAUUUGAACAAAUAUGACUAUGCUUUGAAGUAUAUGAACAUUUUCAAUAAUCUUUGUUUGGAAGUGGAAGACGAAGAUGAACUUUUGGAAAAAAUGGAAGAUUUGUGCACAAGUUUGGACAUCGAAAAAAUGAUCAAUGAUGAGACAAGAACUAUUUGA